AUGUCGCCGACGUUUGUUGUCACCGUCGUCGCCGGCGGUGACAAAUUGGGAAAAUCGCUGGAGAGACGAUUUUUGUGGCGGGUUUUACCCUCGCGCCGUCGCCUCUUCUGAGAUUCAAAUCAAGGCCAUCCCAAUGGCUGAAUGUCUCUUCUCGUUUCGAUAUUUGACUCGUUUUCCUCUCGUUCAGUCUGGGCUUUCGAUUUUUCUAUUUUCUUGCGUCCAAGUCUUCCAAUCUUUUGAAUCGGAGCGUUCUGGCAGAAGUUAGGAUUGCUGAGAGUUUCAAAAAUCAUUUCAAUUAGAAAGCUCAGAGUCUAAGUUUGCCGUGGAAACGCCAAAUAUUUCAAGUUUAUUCGAACUGACUCGGUGUGAAGCAGGUCUUCUUCUGCCCUUCAAUCCGCUUCAAAAGCUAAAUUUUUUUUGGUUUUGAAACGAGCUCUGCUUAUUCAACAACGCUUUAUGAUUUUUUCUCGCCGUUUCUCUUCUCAUUUAAAAAACGUUUUCAUACAUACAUUUUCAGACGAUGCCGGCGCCCCUCCAAGACGUUACCAAAAGGCGGAGCAACGUCAGUUCAACUUCACAUUAUGAACAGAAGCCAAAAAGUCAAUUAUCAGACUACAUAAUUUCUGAGGUUACGAAAAACAUUUUUCCGAGCUUCUAAAACUAAAUUUUUUUAAAUUUCAGGAGCUUGGCAAGGGCGCAUAUGGCGUGGUCUAUCAAGUCAAAGAAAUAAAAACAAAUAAAGAAGUAAGAAAUUCUGAAAUAAAACCUUCUGUUGAAAACUAUUUUCAGUACGCCUUGAAACAAAUCAACGUCUCCGUCAAUGAAGAGGGGAUCCCUCAAAGUGUUCUUCGAGAACUUUCCGUUAUGAAAUCGCUAACCUCUCUAAGGCAUCCAAAUGUUUUAGGGUGAUUGAAAACCUUGAGUUCUUUGAAAAACUCUUAUUUCAGCUUGGUAAAUGUGUUCCACACACUUCUGGGCAAGAAAGAAGGCAUGAAAAUCAACAUGAUUGUGGAGAAAUGUGACUGGGAUCUGCACUUGUUCCUCAAAGGAAUUCCAAGAAACUGUCCGGAAAAGCAGUGUAGACAUAUCGCACGGCAGGUUAGUUGUUCCAGGUGUAAAAAGUGGAAAAAAUAUCAUUUUAGAUAUUCAUUGGGCUUGAUUUUCUGCAUGAGCACAACAUCAUCCAUCGGGAUUUGAAACCACAAAACAUUUUAAUCAACCGGAACCAGGAGAUCAAAAUUGCUGAUUUUGGAUUGUCGAGAAUGUACUCUAACACUAGCGCAUUCACCUCUGUGGUAAGUAUUCUGGUCGAUUCCUCAGGAAAAAUUCAAGCUCAUUAAAAUUGAAACUAUUUUUUUCUCUCGAAUUUAACUCUUUAAAAGUUCAUCACUCUGUUCAAACCUCCGAAAAAGCUCAAAUUCAGUUUCUGAACUUGAAGCUUUGUUAUUGGAAGUCUAAACUCAGCCGAAAGUUUGGAUUGAACUGUAGAUAAAUGAGGAAAACAUUUCAGCUUUUCCCUGACCUUUUCUACAUAUUUUGACAGUGAAAUCUGAUCGUAAUGUGAAGCUGAUCUCUGUGGAAGGGGUUUUAAAGUUUAUAAUUUAAAAGCUCAUUUCAGUAAAGCUUCAUAGAAUGAAAUGAAUUUAAUUUAUAUCAAGACUUACGACCAGCCUUUCCGACCCAAAAACAAAUCGAACCCCUUGAUCAAAUUUCUGACGAACUUUUGGUGCCUGAUUUCGAGCCUCCCGAGAUUCACUUUUUGUUCAUUUUCCAGGCAGUGACACUAUGGUAUCGAGCUCCAGAACUGCUGCUCCUAACCGAGUACGGAAGUUCUUCAGACAUCUGGUCAGCCGGCUGUAUCAUCAGCGAAGUCUACCAUAGAGAACCUCUAUUUGCCGGGGAUUCUGAAGCCGGCCAACUUUGGGACAUUUUAGGGUGAGCUUCAACUUGAAAUUGCAUUGGAAAAACAAAUUUUUCAGAAAACAAGGUGUUCCUGAAGAGUCCAAGUGGCCUCACGAUGCAAUCGUCAAGAGAGAAGCGUUCAUAAGUGAGAGGACAGCUUAUCCGAGAGACAUUCAAACGUGAGCUUCUCCUAAUUAUUUUAUACAAAAAUUCAUCACAAAAAUGAAGUUUUUUUUUCAGACUCAAUCCCAGCCUUUCGCCGGAGGCAGCCGCGGUAGUCAGAGAAUGCGUCAAAUUCUCCGCCGAUAGCCGUCCGACGGCUCAAAGAGCCCUCAAAAUGCCCUAUUUCAAAUCUCCGCGAGAAUCAGCCGAAUCUCCUGUACCUCCGCCCAGCAACUUCUCAGCGAUGCGCUGUGAAUCGUCGACUCCUAGGACGGCGAAUGUCCGCAAAAUCCACAAAAUCAAGCCGAAAAUGACGCAUUCUAAUAGGAGGUCAGAGAAUAUGAUAUCCCAGCUGCCUAAUGAGAUCGAGCAGAUGAAAAUUGAGCCCGAUAACGACUUUACUCCCUUUUUCUAA